UCACUUUGCUCUACACAACUACUGCGACACACACACUAUUUCUGAACAACACACACGAGCAUCUCUGAGCUACACACACAAAUAUACACGCACACACACACACACCUCUCUCCAGGAGCUCCUGCACUUCCGGAGGAGAAGGAAAGAGGGAGGAAGAAUUUGGCCUUCAUACUGCUGGGAUGAAGUGGGGGCUGCUCCUGGCCGCUGUAUGGCUGCUGCUGGUCCUGACAAUGUCCGACGGUCUAAGCAUGGACAGACCUCACAACCCGCAUGGUGAGACCCGGCGGGUGAAGAGGAGGCGAGACGGACACGGUCACGGUGGAGCCAGAGCAGGGCGAGCUAAACCUCUAAAGAUUCGACACAUCCCUGGUCCCAGCAUUCCAGUGGAGCCUGUCCUCGGAGACACUGUCUUCUUGGAGUCCUACAAGAACCUUCAAGUGCAACACUCCAGCUACAAUGUUCUCCCAGGUAAGCAGGGCCAGUGUGUCUACCAGGGUCUGACCAUGUUCAACCAGGCCGUGUGGUCUCCGCAGCCCUGCGUCACCUGUCUCUGUACCGGAGGGCGGGUGGUCUGUGAUGAAAUCACCUGUCCUGUCAUGCACUGCCGCCUCCCGAUCACCCCCCUUGGGGAGUGCUGCCCCGUCUGCAUGGAGCCAGAUCCCGACCUCAGCCUUGACCUUUCUGGUGACUCCCCAGUUCCGAGCGACCCCGGCAAAUCUGACACCCCGCUGACCCAGGAGGAGAUCCAGCGCAUUUUGUGGCGAGAGGAAGAGGAGCACCGUGAGGAAGAAGAGCGCCUGAGGAAGAAAGAUGAGGCGAAGAAGAGGAGGCGGCAGGAGAAGAAGGAGCGGGAAGAAAGGCAGAGGAGGAUAGCGGAGGAGAGGAGGAGGCAGGAGGAGGAAGACAGGAGGAAAAAGGAGGCAGCACAGGAAGAAGCAUGGCAAAUAGAAAAAAAUCUGAGGGAAGAGCUAUUAGCAGCAGAGGAGGCAGAGGAGGUGUGGCUAAGAGGAGACGUCUUUCAAAUGCCCCCAAAAGAAGAGGAAGAACCCGAAGAACCAGACCUCCUCCCUGCUCCCAUCCCAAGGCCUCCUGUUGCAGAGGAUGAGCUGAAGGAAAAGGACACUGAGGAGGAAGAAGAGGGAGGAAAGGAGGAGAAAGAGGAUGUUGUGGUGAACAGAGGAGGUCUUCCUCCAGGCUGUGAGCUCUCUGAUGUCACCGUGACAUGUGACCACGCCAAACUCACCUAUUUUCCCCCUCUCUACAUGCCUGAGCUCAAGUCUCUGAGCCUGGAGGGCAACAACAUCAGCAGCAUCCCAGCAGAGGCCUUUAAUGGCAUUCCCAACCUGGAAUGGAUCAACUUGAAGAAAAACAAACUCACGUCUGCUGGAAUUGAUGCCAGAAGCUUUAAAGGACUAAAGAUGCUGAAGCGUCUGUAUUUGGAUGGAAACCUUCUAGAAGUCAUUCCUUCCAACCUACCACCAUCCCUGCAGGAGCUGAAAAUUAAUGAAAACAGACUACAGAAGAUCUAUGGGAACAGUUUCCACGGUCUGACCAGUUUGGUGAUUCUGGAGUUAGAAGCCAAUCUGCUGAGCGAGGCCAACGUGGACCCAAUGGCCUUUGUGCCUCUCGUGGAGCUCUCCUACCUCAGACUAGGCGGGAACUUCUUCCGCUCCAUCCCGCAGGGUCUUCCUAAUUUACUGCUGGAGUUGUACCUGGAGAACAACCGGAUAGAAGAAAUUCCAGAGGGCGUUUUCAAUUACACCAGAAACCUGAACUUGGUUUCCCUGAGACACAACAGACUGGAAGAGACCAGGAUGGCUCCAAUGGCCUGGAUCAACCACAGGAAUCUGGAAUCCAUCGACCUCUCAUAUAAUAAACUCUACCUGGUUCCGUCCUACCUGCCCAAAUCUCUGAUCCAUCUCGUGCUGGUGGGGAACAACAUAGAGCGUAUACCCGGUUUUGUCUUUGCCCACAUGGAUCCUGGUAUCGAGUACCUCUAUCUGUCCUACAACAAACUGGAUGGGGAGGGGAUUGAACCAGAGUCCUUCUUUGGAUCCUACCAUUCCAUGGUGGAGCUUUGUCUAGACCACAACCAGCUGAUGAAUGUGCCAUCAGGAAUCAAUGAGAUGACAAACUUACACUUCCUCAGACUCAACAACAACAAGAUCAGGAGUAUCCCCGAAGAGAGCAUCUGUGAUCCGGAGCAAAAUGGAGACUCUACAUUGGUGGCCUUGAGGCUGGAGAACAACCUCCUUGAUGGCAAAAAUAUCUCCCCAAGAGCGUUCUCUUGUGUGCGCUCCUCCUCAAGCGUGGUCUUAAAACCCCAGAUAACCAAAUGAACUAAUUUCAAGCAAAAACCAGACAUGUUUUUAUUUAAACAACAAAAUUCAAACAAAAAGUAAACCAUAUCAGCCUAUUAAUGGGGCAAGCGUCUCUCAAAACUUUGCAAACCAUUUUAAAAUCGGUGAUAUUGUUAUUUGUGGUCUCACAGGCCAGCACAUUAAAAGGUAAAAAACAACUCAGUAAAAUGUUAUGAUAUGAUAUACGAUUCAAUUUAAAACUAUAUAUAAUUUUCUGAUUAUAGUUUGGUUGCAGUUACCAAAUUACAAAACAAAAAUGACUAGAAGACUACUGCUGGUCAUUUUAUCAAAUUAUCUGUACUGUAUCUGUUAUUUGGAUGUUAGCAAGAUUCCAAAUAGAGUCAUUAGUAACAUAUACACAUACAUACAUAUACAUACAUAUACAUAUAUAUAUAUAUAUAUAUAUAUAUAUAUACAUAUAUAUAUAUAUAUAUAUAUAUACACACACAGACACUAGAGAUGCGCGGAUAGGCAAUUAUUUCAUCCGCAACCGCAUCACAAAAGUCGUCAACCAUCCGCCAUCCACCCGAACUAACAUUUAAUCAAAACCGCACCCGCCCGCCAUCCGCCACCCGCCCGUUGUUAUAUAUCUAAUAUAGACGAUGCAAGGCAUUAGUGAGGUUAUAAAGCUUUUGCCUGUUAAAGAAAGGAGACUGAUCCAAUGCAGCAGAGACAUUCAAUGUGCACCACGCUGUCACGGCCCAGACGCACACCAGUGCGCAAUCAUCUGGGAGCCGCGCUGAGCGCACCUCCAAGCGCGCUCGCGCCACUCAAACUGCUGCAGGCAGCUGCGUUCUAUCUUGUUUUUACAUCCUGUGGCACUCUUCUGGGAUCACGGCGGACGAAACUGCUCAUGCUCAGGGUGUUUGUGGAGGUUCGGGGUUUUGCACAAAUGUGAUGCACCAUGUUAGAUGUCCCGGUUUUGUGACUGUCGUAGACAUAAACAGCGUCGCAGCUCUUGCAAAUCACAUAGCCAGCAUUACUAUCAUCCUGAUUUACAACCUCAUAAAAACGAGUCCACGCUGAACUUUUCUGGCCUUUUUUCCCCCUGGUCUUUAGUAUUCCCUUUUUUAGUUAGUCUCGUACCACGUUUGCUGCCGGCGUUGCCAUCUCUUUUUUUUUUCUUCUUCUGUUGUGGCGUGCUGCAGGUGCCUGCUCGUUUUUCGUAUGUGGGUAACAACAUUUAACUAUGUAUAUAUAUUUCCGAAUUGGUUUAACUGCCACCCGCCUGAAUCUAUUUAAAAUCUAAUUUUUUUUUAUUUCAACCGCCCGACCCGCGGAUAAAAUCAAAUUUUUUUUUAUUUCAACCGCCCGACCCGCGGAUAAUCCGCGGACUCCGUGGUUGUGUCCGCAAACCGCGCAUCUCUAACAGACACACACACACACACUUAUACUGUACUAAAGUCUGAUUUUGAAACAUGAAAAAUUGUAACAAAAAAAAAAACCUUUUCUUUUUAAGGGUCAAAGUGUGACUCAUGAUAAGAUGCGGUAAACUUUUGAUUGCACAGCCUCCUCCACCCUAAUGUAAUGCCGCAAAUUGUGCAAUAACUCUAACGGCCAACUUUCUUGUCACAUUUUCCAGUGACAGUUUGAGGUUGAAGAUCAAUAAUUACAGUGGCAGGGACAUCUUAAAUUAAAUAAUGAUUGGAACAGACAUUUGAAGAUGAUUACGACGAUGCUUCCUUUCUCGGUAAGACCAAUUCUAAACAUUAGAUAAUUGAGAGCAGAUGAAAAAUAAAACUAUUUAGAUGUGCUCAGCUCACAGAUGCUGUAGGCCGACUUCUUUUUAAAAUGCAAUCUGAAUUAAAGAAUUUGAAUCAAGUCAGUGGUAGACACAGUGUGUCCAAAACGACAUUCCUAUUGGGUACUGGUGGCUCAGUGUUUGAAUUUUCCUCCCUCCAUGACGCUUCUGUGUAACAACCUGGAUGGGACAGUUUGGAGUGGCUACACUUUCACGCUUUGGGACACCUGGCUGCCUGUCUUGUGACUACACAAUCAGUAGUGUAUUUUUAAGGGGAUGGUGUAUAAGAGAAAUAACUACAUAGGGGGCGGGGGGAAUAACCAACACAGCUGUUUUAAGUCAGUUAGAAGCUCUAAAUGUCGUUUUUUUACUUUUAAACAAUUAUUUGCCAGCCCUAGUCAGUGGGCACAGCUCAAGAUUGUUUUGAGUUAAAAAUAUGAAUGACUGAAGCAGUCAUUUGUGUCACACUAUAGAGUGUCCGAAAAUACUGUACAAAUGCUAAUGUUUGCAAAAUAAUCCCUGUUACCAUGUUCCUGAAAUAACGACUGAAAAUUAUGUAUAAUGCAUGUCUGACCACUAUCACUUUAUAAUAAAAACACUACGCACGUGUGCA